CUUUGGGUCAAAGCAUUCUUCGUCGUCGUCGUGGUCGUCGGGCGGUGAAACCUGCAGUGGCGAAAGUGUAGAAUACGGGUUGCAUACCACCACAUGACCGGGGGGGAGGGCUUGACGGGCUUGACACACCACUGCUCACUCGCACCCCUGUGGUGGAGUAUCAUAAUUCAUCCUGUAUUUUCUCGUCCGACGUCGACCUCAUCACAUCACAUUUGGACCAAAGGACGAGUCUUUCUUUUUUUCUUUUUUCCCCAGCUGAAACGUCGGCGUCGAGAUCGAGGUCGGCGGUGGGGGUUGGGUUGGGUUGGAGAUUGGGUUGCGUCGGCGAUGAUCGAUCCGUGGACGGAAAUCUUGCUUAGAGUUCUGCGCAGUGCGACUGGGGAAUGCCUUUGAAGACAAGAAUAACCAUCUUAAAAGCCUUAGUUACCUUGUUCUUAUUUCCGGC